CACCAUCAUUUAUCGCCAAAAGGAAAAAAAAAAAAAAAACAAAAUAAAAAAAUGCUGCAUCUUCGUAACUGUAUCCAGCGAGAGCUAUAUUUAAUCCGUCAUUUGAAACCCCAAAUUCUAUACACAACAUCGACAAAAUCUGUAUCUAUAGAUGAGCCAUUAUCUGAAACAAGAACCCAAUUCGUUGACUAUUUGACCAACAAUCUUGGCUUCACUAAAGAAUCUGCAAUUUCAUCAGCAUCAAAGGUACGCCGUCUAAAUUCCACAAAUAAUUGUGAUUCUGUUGUUGGGAUCUUAAAAAAAUGCAAUUUUGAUAAUGCCCAGAUCAAAGAUAUUGUUUCUUGUGUGCCUAAAGUGUUGUUAUAUAGAGCAGAUAAAACCCUAGAACCCAAGAUUAGGGUUUUUCUUGACCUCGGGAUAUCCGGGUCUGAUUUUAUUAGUCUUUUGAAGCGAAACCCGAGUUUAUUUGAGUUGGGUUUGCAUUCUAAGAUCAUACCCACUAUUGAUUACUUAAGGGUAGUGUUGGAAAGUGAUGACAAAGUUGUGGAGACUAUUAAUAGAUCAAGAUGGUUGUUUUCAACGUCUAUUGCGUUAAACUCGUUUAUGGCGAAUGUUGAUUUGUUACGAAGUUAUGGGUUUUCGAAUGAGCAGAUUGGGAAAUUUGUUCAUAGGAAUGCUAUGCAUUUUACGCAGCCUUCUAAAUGGCUUACGAGUAAGUUGAAUUGGAUUGAGGGGAAAGUAGGCGUGUCGCGUGGCUCUAAUGAGUUUUUUAGGUGUUUUCAUGCAAUUACUUCGAGUAGUGUUGUAGCUAUGGAUAAGAAGAUGGAUGUUUAUAAGAGAUUUGGGUUUUCUGAUACGGAAUUGUCGUUGUUGUUUAAGAACCAGCCUUAUUGUUUUGCGUUGUCUGAAGAUACGAUUCGUGAGAAGCUGAGUUUCUAUAUGAAUGAGCUUGGGUAUACAACGUCUUACUUGGUAACUUGCCCGAGUCUUUUUUCAUUGAGCUUGAAGAAACGAGUGAAACCCAGGAAUGAGAUAAUUAAGAUUUUGAAAGAGAGGAUGUUGUUAGGGAGUAAGUCUCUUAUCACACUCGUUACAUAUCCAGAGUUGAAAUUUCAAGAGUUUCUACGGAGUUUUAAAGACGAGAUUCCUGACUUGUGUGAAACUUAUGCCAGUAGCUUGAGGUAAAUUCAGACCCCGUUGUUAUGUUUUUCAAUUCACUGUUAGCAUUAUUGGGGAAUUGAACCUUUUGACAAUAGAAACUUCAAUUAGUUGACUUGCUUAUUUUGCAUGAUUACGUUAUCCUGCUUCUAAUAAUUAUCAAAAUGUUGCAUUUUUUGUACUGGUGGAAUUUUUGUUAGUUAUGAUGAAUCUUGUUUUUUACUUUUUUCAUAA